GGGCCCGGGGUUGCCAUGGUAACCGGCAGCGGCCGCCGCCACAGCAGGGCCGGCCCCAGCGCCAGCGCCGGCCGCGGCUCGGCGCGGCUCAGUGUGGGGGUGAGCUGCGGCGGCGCGGCCGGGCCGGGGAAGCGGGCGCUGCCCGGCGGCCUCAGCAUGGAGGACGGCUUCUCGAGCUACAGCAGCCUGUACGACACGUCCUCGCUGCUCCAGUUCUGCAACGAUGACAGCGCUUCUGCCGCCAGUAGCAUGGAGGUGACAGACCGCAUCGCCUCCCUGGAGCAGAAAGUCCAGAUGCAGGAAGACGACAUCCAGCUGCUCAAGUCGGCUCUGGCCGAUGUGGUUCGGCGGCUGAACAUCACCGAGGAGCAGCAGGCCGUGCUCAACAGGAAAGGACCUACCAAAGCAAGACCACUGGUGCAGACCUUGCCUUUAAGAACCACCGUCAACAACGGCACUGUGGUACCAAAGAAAGCCAGUGGCUCCCUGCCAGCCCCCUCGGGGACCAGGAAAGAAACCGCAGUACCUGCCACAGCCAAAAGUACCAUCAAGAGGACCAGCUCUUCCGAACGGGUAUCUCCUGGUGGUCGAAGGGAAAGCUAUGGGGAUUCCAAAGGAAACCGGAAUCGCACGGGAUCCACCAGCAGUUCUUCUAGUGGCAAAAAGAACAGUGAAAGCAAACCCAAGGAGCCGGUCUUCAGCGCAGCACUUCUGUCUCUGUCUCCGAAAUCUCAAGGGAAACGCCGGGUGACACACUGCAAAGAAGAAGGAUAUGUAAAAAUGUUUCUUCGUGGACGCCCUGUUACCAUGCACAUGCCCAAAGAUCAAGUGGAUUCUUACAGUUUGGAAGCAAAAGUAGAACUACCAACGAAGAGACUUAAGCUGGAAUGGGUCUAUGGGUACAGGGGUCGAGACUGUCGUAACAACCUGUACUUACUUCCAACGGGCGAGACUGUGUAUUUCAUCGCAUCCGUGGUCGUGCUGUACAAUGUGGAGGAGCAGCUUCAGAGGCAUUACACGGGCCAUAAUGAUGACGUGAAGUGCCUCGCAGUUCACCCUGAUAGGAUCACGGUAGCCACAGGACAAGUUGCAGGUACAUCUAAGGACGGAAAACAGUUGCCCCCGAACGUGCGCAUCUGGGAUUCCGUGACACUGAAUACGCUGCACGUCAUCGGAAUCGGGUUUUUUGACCGAGCCGUCACCUGUAUCGCGUUCUCAAAAUCCAAUGGAGGAAGCAACCUCUGUGCCGUGGAUGACUCCAAUGACCACGUGCUGUCCGUGUGGGACUGGCAAAAGGAAGAGAGACUGGCGGAUGUCAAGUGUUCCAAUGAAGCUGUGUUUGCUGCGGAUUUCCACCCCACGGACACGAAUAUAAUUGUUACCUGUGGAAAAUCCCAUCUCUACUUUUGGACACUAGAAGGAAGCUCCCUUAUUAAGAAGCAAGGAUUAUUCGAGAAGCAAGAAAAGCCAAAGUUUGUCCUCUGUGUGACUUUUUCUGAAAAUGGUGACACCAUCACCGGAGAUUCAAGUGGCAACAUCCUGGUAUGGGGAAAAGGUACGAAUCGAAUAAGCUACGCAGUUCAAGGGGCCCACGAGGGCGGUAUUUUUGCACUUUGUAUGUUGAGGGACGGCACGCUGGUGUCGGGAGGAGGGAAGGACCGGAAGCUCAUUUCUUGGGAUGGAAACUACCAGAAACUUCAUAAAACCGAGGCCCUGGGAAAUUAUGAGCAGACAGAUAUCAAGAUUCCAGAACAGUUUGGUCCCAUACGGACAGUGGCUGAGGGGAAAGGCGAUGUGAUCUUGAUAGGCACGACCAGAAACUUUGUUCUACAGGGCACGCUGUCCGGAGACUUCACACCUAUCACUCAGGGUCACACUGAUGAGCUCUGGGGACUGGCCAUCCAUGCCUCAAAACCUCAGUUCUUGACCUGUGGGCAUGACAGGCACGCCACCCUGUGGGACGCUGUUGGUCACCGGCCUGUCUGGGACAAAGUAAUAGAGGACCCAGCUCAGUCUUCUGGUUUUCAUCCUUCAGGGUCUGUGGUUGCAGUCGGAACGCUGACUGGGAGGUGGUUCGUGUUUGACACAGAAACGAAAGACUUGGUCACUGUCCACACGGAUGGAAAUGAACAGCUGUCUGUAAUGCGUUACUCACCAGAUGGGAAUUUCUUAGCAAUAGGCUCCCAUGACAACUGCAUCUACAUAUACGGAGUCAGCGACAACGGGAGGAAGUACGCACGGGUCGGCAAGUGCUCGGGUCAUUCCAGCUUCAUCACUCACCUGGACUGGUCUGUAAACUCACAAUUCCUCAUGUCGAAUUCCGGAGACUAUGAAAUCCUUUACUGGGUUCCCUCUGCUUGUAAGCAAGUCGUAAGUGUGGAAACUACGAGAGACAUCGAAUGGGCCACAUACACCUGCACUUUGGGAUUCCACGUCUUUGGAGUGUGGCCAGAAGGCUCGGAUGGAACCGACAUCAAUGCCGCCUGUCGGGCCCACGAGAAAAAACUCCUGUCAACCGGUGACGACUUUGGCAAAGUGCACCUCUUCUCCUACCCCUGCUCACGGUUCAGGGCUCCCAGCCACGUGUACAGUGGGCACAGCAGUCACGUGACCAACGUCGAUUUCCUCUGUGACGACAGCCACCUCAUCUCCACUGGCGGCAAAGACACGAGCAUCAUGCAGUGGCGGGUCAUUUAGUCCCGGCAAGAACCCGGGGGAGCAGAACGGGCCAGGAGGUACAGACUCGAGUUUCGCUCACUCGGUCACUGUGAUUUCUGCUUUGUUUGAAGAGUUCUCACAAACCUCAGGAAAAUUAUGCCCUUUACUGGUUACCCUAGCUUAGUGGAUCGGUGAGCGUCACAGCGGGUCAGCCAUUCAGGUCUCUCUUUUGUUGUACAAUAUAUAAAACACUUAAUAUAAAAAAGAUGCCAAGGUUUACAUUACGGUGACAUCGAGAAGUGACUGGUGUAUCCUUCAUAACUUUUCUAUGAACUCUUCAAAAACGGUCACAGAUGCCUUUUCAAAGAUUGUAUAUAGGCUUUACUAGGUCACCAUGGAGGUUGCUGAGUCAAAUAUUUAUGAUAACGAGGUACUGAAUCAUGAUCGCUGUUGAUUAACUGGUCCUAAAAGGAUAAGUCGAUGGAGAAGAGAAUGGAUAACUGAUUUGCACAACUGAAUCAGGAAAUGGAAAUAAGACUUUAUUUGGUUAACAUUUUCUAAGGUUUCAUUCAGUUCUCCCUCUGGGAGGCUGGUGAGAAAGGGGUCAGAUUCUUCUUGUGUUAAGCAGAUUCUACUCCAGAUUAACUUAACUAUUGCAGCAGGGUACCCAGGCAUUUCAGAGUUCCAGCUAGACUGUCUGCCUAACCAUAUGCAGUCAGCCACUUAAAGCCUACACGAAUCACGUCCCCUCUGUUCCCUGUUCACAGGCCCUGGUGAAUGGUGGAGACAACUAGCCACCUUCCUCUGUAUAUUAAUUGGCAUGAUAUGGUAUUGUACUUGUAUAGGAUUUUAGCAAUUCAUAAUGAAUACGUAAGGCUAGGCUUUACUAUUUUAAUGCUUACGGACAUUGUAUAUUUGUAUUUUAAGACCAAGUAGACCAAGUCAAAAAGAUAUCUCUCUAGUGUACCAUACACCUGCAGCGGGGAGAAGUCUGGAAGGCUCCACCAGGUACUAAGGGCAGCUUCUUUUCCUGUCUUUUGCGCAUGGACGGCUUAUUACGCUAUGAAAUAAGAUUGCGCUCUGCUGAGUAAAACAGAGAAGGCCUUAUCCAUUUCAGUUGUGUGGCAGAUUGAAAUUUAUUGUUUACAUUGGGGAAUGUAUCUCAGAUUUUAAAAUAGAAGAGUAAUAAACAGACUUAAAGACGAAUGUUAAGAUUUUUACUUGUUCUAGGCAAGUAAAUGAAUUGAACCAUCAACUCUACAGCACUGGUUGUUUAGAGUGGCCGAUGAAGCUGAAGAUUGGGAAGCAUUUUUUAUUACAUCUCCAGCCUGCUGCGGAAAUGCCGGGCACCAGUAAACAAUAUGUAUUAAAGAUGAUUCUGUGUGUAUGUAUCCUUAUCAAAUAUAUUCUGUAAUGAAAUAAAAUCUGAAAAGUGGA